GGAGGAGCUCACCUGAGCGGGAAAGGGCUACGCUACCUGAGCGGCGCGCGGCUCCCGCGGCCGAAAGUGUUUGUACACCCUCACCUCGCAGGGGCAGCGCCUGCCGCCAGCCCGCGGCGUUCUCCGCCCUGCCCUUCCUGGUGCCAUACCCGGGAGCUGUCUCUCACUCAACUACACCUUGAACUCUUCUUCCCACGUUCCAGGCACUGGGCAGUAAUAAACGAAAAGAAAUCUGCUCUGAAGUUCAUGUUUGUCUUUCGUUUUGACUUACCAGAAGAAACCCCCAAAAGUGAUUUUCUCUUGCUGCUGUCUUUGGGAAACCUCUCAGCCCUAUGCCUAGAAGACCCGAAAUGGAGCAAUCACGAUGAUAGCUAUCCGUUCAUCAAUUGGUGUGUAUAUUGGAGAAUUUUCACCAUCAGCACAAAAACCCUUCCUCAUUCUGGGUUAUGGAUGCUCAUGUUUGCUAUAUACAGGUGUUCACCACUCAACAAAGGAUCCAAUAAAAUUACCAACCCAGCCUCAAACACUUGGUUCUUUUGGGGCAUUUGUCCCUACAUCUGAGCGCUAAAGAACAAAGAGAAGUAAACAAACCUUUCCUGAAUCCAAAAGCUUCCUAAAUUAUUGAAAAACCCUUUGCUUCUGUUUCUUUGUGCACCCAAUGAAUUAGGCAAGAGAUAAAAAUAAAUCCUUUCUGCUGGAGUUGGGACACUGCAUACAGAUCGGCUUCCCACAGACAGGGCCAGAGCCUGUGAUUUCAGUCACUACUUUCCAGCCUCCAACUUUUAAAACAGCAGCAAACCUGAAGAUGUUCAAACUUUAGAGCAGCCCUGCCACAUGGUGGGGACAGAGAGCUGCCAUCUGGGCCCAAGGAACUGAUCCCUCUCCUGCCGGGUUACUGGGAGCCAGAAUGACUUCCCCACUGUAGGAGGUCGGCAGGUGCAGAAUGAACGCCCUGAGCACUUUGAGUUAAGCCGAGCGCCUGGAAUCGGCACCACCGGUUUCGGGUUUUAACCAGAUGGGGAGGCGCAAAACAGCGCAGCAAGGAACAGAGAAUUUAGGAGCUGGCAGAUAGAGGAAUGAUGGAGGCGGAAAGGGAGAGGAAGAGGAACGUGCGCCUUCCGUUAGCACCUGGCUGGGAAUGGGAGUCAUCACCAUCAUCGUCGUCGUCAUUAUCACCACCAUUAGCGCUCCGUCACGCCCCGCGUCCUCCGUUCACCUCAGGGGUCCCUUCGAGCGCCCUUCACCGAGUACGCCCCCUUUUGGCGCGCGCUCCACCCGGUGCUCGGCAGGCUCAGCGCGGACACCCGGGUGCCCCGCGGCCCCGCCCCACGCGCCCCCACAGCGCCCCCAAGCGGCGGCCAGCUCCGCCUCGCCCGCCCCAAUCCUUGCUCGCACCUCGCCGGUGCCAGCCUUUCCCGCUCUGCCUCCCUGACUGCAUUGACCCUCGGCGUGCUGGCAUCCUCGGCUUGCCCAGGCUUACGUCUCUGCCGUCCCCCUCACCCCCUCCGUCCCUCCACCCUCCUCUCCCGCUCGCCCAGGCUCCCCCGCACUGGAGCUGGGAGGCUACAAGUCCAGCCGUCUAAGUGCGAACAGCUCGGGCUGAGGCAGCUGAAGCCGAGCCGAGAACUUAACGGCCGCAGGUUGGGGCGGUGCGGCGAGAGUUUCACCACCAGCCAGGAGGUGCCGAGCAGCAUGGCCGGGAGAAGCCCCUUCUCUGCCGCCGCGUUCCGGCUCUGGAGCAUCCUCCCGUGCCUGCUGGCGCUGCGGGCAGAGACCGGGCAGCCACAGGAGGAGAGCCUGUACCUGUGGAUCGAUGCCCACCAGGCGAGAGUGCUCAUAGGAUUUGAAGAAGAUAUUCUGAUCGUUUCAGAGGGGAAAAUGGCCCCCUUUACACAUGAUUUCAGAAAAGCACAGCAGAGAAUGCCGGCUAUUCCUGUCAAUAUUCACUCCAUGAAUUUCACCUGGCAAGCUGCUGGGCAGGCAGAAUACUUCUAUGAAUUCCUGUCCCUGCGCUCUCUGGAUAAAGGCAUCAUGGCAGAUCCAACUGUCAACGUCCCUCUGCUGGGAACAGUGCCUCAUAAGGCAUCAGUUGUUCAAGUUGGCUUCCCAUGUCUUGGAAAACAAGAUGGGGUGGCAGCAUUUGAAGUGAAUGUGAUUGUAAUGAAUUCUGAAGGCAACACCAUCCUCCAGACACCUCAAAAUGCUAUUUUCUUUAAAACAUGCCAACAAGCUGAGUGCCCAGGAGGAUGCCGAAACGGAGGCUUUUGCAAUGAGAGGCGCAUCUGCCAGUGUCCUGAUGGGUUCCAUGGACCUCACUGUGAGAAAGCCCUUUGCACACCACGAUGUAUGAACGGCGGACUUUGUGUGACUCCCGGUUUCUGCAUCUGCCCACCUGGAUUCUAUGGAGUCAAUUGUGACAAAGCAAACUGCUCAACUACCUGCUUUAAUGGAGGGAUUUUCUACCCUGGAAAAUGUAUUUGCCCACCAGGACUAGAGGGAGAGCAGUGUGAAAUCAGCAAAUGCCCACAGCCCUGUCGAAAUGGAGGCAAAUGCAUUGGCAAAAGCAAGUGCAAGUGUUCCAAAGGUUACCAAGGAGACCUCUGUUCAAAGCCCGUCUGCGAGCCCGGCUGUGGUGCACAUGGAACCUGCCAUGAACCCAACAAAUGCCAAUGUCAAGAAGGCUGGCAUGGCAGACACUGCAAUAAAAGGUAUGGAGCCAGCCUCAUGCAUGCCCUGAGGCCAGCAGGCACCCGGCUCAGGCAGCACACGCCUUCACUUAAAAAGGUCGGGGAACAGCAGGAUCCACCGGAAUCCAAUUACAUCUGGUGAACUCCGACAUCUGAAACGUUUUAAGUUACACCAAGUUCAUAGCCUUUGUUAACCUUUCAUGUGUUGAAUGUUCAAAUAAUGUUCAUUACACUUAAGAAUACUGGCUUGAAUUUUAUUAGCUUCAUUAUAAAUCACUGAGCUGAUAUUUACUCUUCCUUUUAAGUUUUCUAAGUAUGUCUGUAGCAUGAUGAUAUAGAUUUUCUUGAUUCAGUGCUUUGGAACAGAUUUUACAUUAUGUCAGUUGAUCAGGUUGAAAUUUUGUCUUUUCAGUGUGUAGCUGGCAGAUAUUUUCAAAAUUACAAGGCAUUCGUGGUGUCAAGAGGCUGGGGAAUAUUAGAGGUUAAACUGGGCAAAAAUGCAAAAAUCACAAGGGUUUGGAUGAAGCAGUUAACAGUGUUAAAGUUACCACUUCUCAGAUUUUAUAGUCUUGUGUUUGGACAUUGGUCACAUGUUUUAAUUGCCCCUAUUUUAAACUCUCAUACAAUAUAUUCUGACCUUACCAUAUUCUAUAGAGUUCAGUAUUGAGGGAAAAAAAAUCCAAAAAACUACACUGUGGUAGUGGCACUUAAACAAUAUAAUAUAUAUUGUAAACACAAUGAAAUAGGGAAUAUAGUGUAUGAACUUUUUGCAUUGGCUUGAAGCAAUAUAAUAUAUUGUAAACAAAACACAGCUCUUACAUAAUAAACAUUUUAUACUGUUCGUAUGUAUAAAAUAAAGGUGCUGCUUUAGUUUUCUGA